GCUGUCAGUGCAGUGCAAAAGGGAUUCUAUUUUGCUUUUGGGCAAAACUUUCUUACUCAUUGUUUUACGUGCACUCCGGAUUGACUCCCACCGCCCAUUCGGUUCCAGGGAAGCCUUUUGCUUUGUGUGGUGUGUGUGUGUGUGUGUGUGUGUGUGCCAACGGUGUCCGAUAGGUAAAAAAAGCAAAACAGGCAACUCGCCCUAUCAGAUGACCAUAGGAGUUUGCCCACUGUAAAACGGAGGACGAUGGUUGAUUCGCACGAUCCGGAGUCGGCAGAGUCCUGCAGCCUGACCGAGGACGAUGUGGAACCGAAGCUGAAGUACGUUCGCCUCUCGAACGACAUCAAGAACAUUCUCAGCGAGGAAGCGAUCAGUUGCAUUGCGGUACAUCCGCGGUUUCUCUGCCUAGGAACACACUGGGGCCGGAUACAUAUGCUGGACCAUCAGGGCAACUGUGUGCACACGGUCAUCAACCGGAAGGAGAAUGCGCACAUCCUGUCCGUGAACCGCAUUUCCGUCGACAGUCGGGGCGAACAGAUCGCGACCUGCUCGGACGAUGGGAAGGUUAUCAUUAGCGGCUUGUACACGGACGAAAACAAUCAGGUGCUUUCGACGGGCAAAAUUAUCAAGGCGGUCGAGCUGGACCCGAACCACAAUCGGUCCGGGUCGGGCAAAAGAUUCAUCAUAGGCGAUAACAAAUUGGUAAUGUACGAGAAAACGUUCCUGAAGGGCUUAAAGUCAACCAUCCUGAGCGACUCGGAGGGUCAGGUGACGGCGAUCAAAUGGAACGGACAGUUUGUCGCGUGGGCUAGCUCGCUUGGCAUUCACGUGUACGAUCUGAACGAAAAAUGCUCACUAGGAUUCAUCCAAUGGGAAGAGCCGAAAGAAGGAAAACUAACCGACUACCGAUGUAAUCUAAACUGGUCCAACGCAACGACGCUGCUGAUCGGAUGGGUCGACACGGUGCGAAUAUGUGUGAUACGAAAGCGAAACGCCGUCGAAGUGUCCACCAGAAACCUUCCCGUGCACAUCGUCGAUCCGAUGUCCACAUUCCAGACGGACUUUUUCAUCUGUGGCAUCGCGCCGCUGGAAACGAACCAGCUGGUCGUGCUGGGGUAUGCGAAGGAGCGCGACUCCGAAACGAACAAAGCCCUGCGGCCGAUCCUGUGCGUGCUGCAGUACAACGCGAGUGAUUACAUUGAAAUUUGCACCGACAGCUUAUCGAUGCGAGGCUACGAGGAGUACAAGUGUGACGACUAUCAUCUGGACUGUCUGAUCGACGAAAACCAGUAUUUUAUCGUGUCGCCAAAGGAUGUCGUGGUGGCCAACCUGUACGAAACGGACGAUCGUGUCCAGUGGCUGAUAGAGCACGGCAAAUUCGAACAAGCGAUGGAUGUGAUAGCAACGCACGGCGGCAAAUACUCGCUAAUUACCGUCGCCCGGCUCUACCUGGACCAUCUGCUCUCCCUGCAGCACUUUGACGAGGCGGCCCGGCUCUGCCAGCGCGUGUUCGGCACCGACAAGCAGCUGUGGGAGGAGGAGGUGUACAAGUUCGUGAAGGUGAAGCAGCUGCGCUCCGUCAGCAGCUACAUUCCCAUCACGGACGCGUGCAAGCUGAACCCGCACGUGUACGAGAUGGUGCUGUACGAGUAUCUGCAGCUCGAUCCGAGCGGGUUCCUGCAGCUGGUGAAGGAUUGGCCGCCGCGCCUGUACAACACGAAAGCGGUAAUCAACGCCGUCAACGACCAUUUCAACAAGAAGGAUGCAAACAUUCUGCUCGAAGCGCUGGCGAUACUGUACACGCACGAGAAGGAGUUUGACCGUGCACUGACCAUGUAUCUGAAAUUGCAGCACAAGGACGUGUUCGAGCUGAUCACCACGUACGAGCUGUACGGCAUGGUGAAGGAUUGCAUCGUGCAGCUGAUCGAGCUGGACAGCGAGCGGGCGAUCGCGAUGCUGCUGAAGGACAAAAUCCCCGCCGAGGAUGUGGUGCGCGAGCUGGAACACUGCGAGCAGUACCUGUACCGCUACCUGGACGCGUACGACAAGGUAACCAGCAACGAAAAGUUCCACUGGCGGCUGGUGAACCUGUACGCGCGGUACGAGCCGGACAAGCUGCUCUCGUUUCUGAAGCGCUCGAACAGCUACCCCAUCCAGGAGGCGUACGACAUCUGCCAGGGGCUCAAGUUUUACCCGGAGAUGGUGUAUCUGCUCGACAAGAUGGGCAGCACGCGGGAGGCCCUGACCAUCAUCAUGCACAACCUGCAGGACGUGCCGAUGGCGAUCGACUUUUGCAAAGAGCACGACGACAUGGACCUGUGGAACGAUCUGAUCAACGAGUCGGUCGACAAGCCGCACGUGAUGACGAAGCUGCUGAACAGUAUUGCCGGGUUUAUCAAUCCGGAGCUGCUGGUGGACAAGAUCAAGCCCGGCCAGGACAUCGAGGGGCUGAAGGAGUCGAUCAUCAAGAUGCUGUGCGGGUACAGCCUGCAGGUGUCGAUACAGGAGGGCUGCAACCAGAUACUGGGCGCGGACUACUUCGACAUGCACGAGCGGCUGGUGCGGGUGCAGCAGGGUGCGCUGUGCGUGACGCCCGACCACGUGUGUGGCGUGUGCCGGCGGGAUAUUAUCGUGAAGGAUAACAUGAAAACGGACAUCGUGAUGUUUAACUGCAGGCACUACUUCCACGAGCCCUGCCUGCUGGACAAAUACAAUCUGGACAUUUGCAUAGUUUGUAACACGAAAAAGCUAGGAAGCACCGGGACAUUUUACCGGGCGUCCCUCUCAUUCGAUACCAUAGCAACGGGGAGGAGUAGUGUUCAACGGGAAACGGCAAUGGCUAAUCCUUCGGUCGCAAUCAUGACCCAGCAGGGACCCGCCUUCGACUCGAACUGCAUGACGCUGACGCGCUUCGUGCUGCAGGAGCAGAAAAAGUACAAACAUGCGACCGGCGACCUGUCCCAGCUGCUCAACUGCAUCCAGACCGCGAUCAAGGCUAUCAGCUCGGCGGUGCGGAAGGCGGGCAUCGCUAAGCUGCAAGGAAUCUCAGGCGACACGAACGUGCAGGGCGAGCAGGUGAAAAAGUUGGACGUGCUGUCGAACGAAAUCUUCAUCAACAUGCUGAAAUCGUCGUACGCCACCUGUCUGCUCGUGUCGGAGGAGAACGACAACGUGAUCGAGAUCGAGACGGACAAGCGGGGCAAGUACGUGGUGUCGUUCGAUCCGCUGGACGGUUCCUCCAACAUCGACUGUCUCGUGUCGAUUGGGUCCAUUUUCGCCAUUACCAAACAGGUAAAGGAAAACACGACCCCCUCGGAGCAGGACGCACUCCAACCGGGCAACAAGAUUGUGGCCGCCGGGUACGCACUGUACGGCUCCGCCACGAUGAUUGUCAUCAGCCUCGGCAACGGGGUGCACGGUUUCAUGUACGAUCCCUCGAUCGGCGAGUUUGUGCUGACCGAUUACAACAUGCGCAUUCCGGAGCGGGGCAACAUUUACUCCAUCAACGAGGGGUACGCGUCCACGUGGGACGAGUCGGUGCUGAACUACGUGAAGGACAAGAAGGACCCGGCGAAGGGCAAACCGUACGGCGCCCGGUACGUGGGCAGCAUGGUGGCGGAUGUGCACCGUACGAUCAAGUACGGUGGCAUCUUCAUCUAUCCGGCGACGGCUGCGGCCAAGAAUGGUAAGCUGCGCCUGCUGUACGAGUGCAACCCGAUGGCUUACCUGGUGACGCAGGCCGGCGGCAAAGCGUACGCGACCAAGGGCAAGGAGAUACUGGACGUGAUGCCGACGUCCAUCCAUCAGCGAUCGCCCAUCUAUCUCGGCUCGAAGCUGGAUGUGGAGGAAGCGAUCAGCUACAUCAAGUAGGCGUUUGGCUGGUCCCGUUCCCGGUGGUUGUGCAUGUGGUGGUUUUGUUUGUCCGUUUUGAUUAAUUGUAAUAAAAAAUUCCUCACAAUGUAUCGCUCCGUAGUAGCAGGUU